AACCUACAGAACAAACGAAACUAAGAAUAUGUAGUUGGAAGCAUGAAGCGCGAGCAUUGUGCGCCAUUUGCGCCAAAAUGGCUGUGUUCUGUUAUAGUCCCUCUCUUGCUAGCGGUUGUUUCUAUUGUACCAGGGGUAGCAACGGAAACGCUGGAACCUCAAUUCGAUCGAGCGCUGACUGCGGUCAGCGGCGCUGACAGCGAACAUGCUUACAGCCACUCCCUGCGCGAGCCUCUUGACCUAGGCGUUGUCUCCGUCCAGCUAUGGGCCAAGAUGCCUGUGAUGACGGGCGGCGAGAAGCCGGUGCUGCUGACGCUGUGGCUCCGCCUCAUCGGCCCGGUCUCCAACAUCAGCUUCCUGCAGCCCCACCAGACGGAGCGCUACAGCAUCCACGGCUUCGGCUGGGCUGAGGACCCCGGGGACCUUCACCGCGCCGACACCGGCCACACCAUGCUGCCCUUCGAGCACAACAUAUGGCUGCCCAAGCUGGUGGUGGAGACGGCGGACGGGCGCGACGUGCCCGUGACGCACGAGCGCGACCGGCUGCAGAACCACCCCGCGGUGCGGCACGCGCUGAGGCCCUACCACUUCAGCGCGCCGCUGGGCGCCGCCGCGGAGCCGCCCAACCGCUGUUUCAAGAUCUACGAGCAGUCCUUCCCCGGGCACCGCACGCCCGUGUGCCUGCCGCCCAACCUGGGCCGCAUGUGCCACAAGCUGGACGCGCGCAGCUCCGACCCGAAGCCACCCGCCGCGCCGGCGCUGUGGGCCGUGCUGGCGCCGCUGCGCAGCGUGGGCGUGCACGGCCCGCGCUGGGAGCAGCACAUGCGCUUCCUGGGCAGCCGCAUCCACAACUACAUCACGCACAUGAGCGCCGUGGGCGCCAGCGGUGUGCUGCUGUAUGCGGACCGCAUGACGCGCGCCGCUCUGGAGCGGCUGCCGCGCGUGGUGGCGCACGUGCGCGAGGGGCGGCUGCUGGUGGUGGGCUGGGAGGCGGGCGAGCGGCAGCCGCUGCUGUACAACUACGACCAGGCGCUGGUGGCCAGCCACGCCAUCCUGGGCGUGUCCGGCUGCGGCGCCAACAUCGCGCUCAUGCUCGGUGACGUGGACGAGUACCUGUACAACGCCUUCGGCCAGCCCUGGCCAGCCGUGUGGGGCUGCAUGCUGCGCUCCGCGCCCGACGCCUACCCCGGCCUGCUGCUGGUGCGGCGCGUGGAUGUGACCAGCAGCAGGGUGCCGGCGGCCAAGGAGGCCGCCUGGUGGGCGCUGCCGGCUCGCUCGCUGGCGCGGCACCCGCUGCUGAUCUACGACCGCAUCGCGCGACACCCACACCGGCCCGAGCUCAGCAAGAGUGUGGUGGUGCCGGCGCGCCGCGUGAUCAACUUCUACGUGCACGACGGCUUCCCGCUGGCCGGCAGCCGCGGCCUGGCCAACGCCAGCUGCGCCUUCCUGCUGCACAUCAAAAACUACUUCGGGCCGCGGCUGGAUCUGAACACGUCGGCCGAGGCCUUCGCGCCCUUCAAGCUGGCGGCGCCCUGGGCCGCAGACACCGCGCUGCUGCCUGGCGGCGGUGGCGGUGGCGGUGGCGGUGGCGGCGGCGGUGGCGGUGGCGGUGGCGGCGGAGCCCGGGUCCGUGGUGGCGGCGGCGGCGGCGGCGGAGGGGUGAUGCGGCGGCGCGAGGCGGUGCAGGGUGGCGGCGGCGGCGCUGACGCCGGCUUCCAGGCGGCCACGGCGGCGGCGGAGGCGGAGGACGCUGCGGAGGCCUUGGGCACCGCGGGCGCCGCCACCACCACCACCGCCGCGGCCGCCGCGGCCAUCGCCGCCGCCGCCGACACCGCGGCGGCCGACAUCGUUGUGCCGCUGCCUCGGGGCCAGGGCGGCGCCGCUGCCACCACUGCCACCACCGCCGCCUCUCUGGACGCGGACGCGGACGCGGCGGCGGACGCCGCCAUCAUUGCCGCGGAGCGGGAGGACCACGGCCUGGGCGAUCAGGGGCCGCAGGGGCUGGAUGCGGCGGCGGCGGGGCUGGACAUGCCAGGGCUGGGCGCCGCCGGCGACGGGCGCCUGGACCACACUAGCGCCUCCGACCCAAGCAUCGUUGUGAUGGCGGGAGGCGGCGGCGGUGGCGACGGCGAGGCGGUGGACGUGUUGGACGGGCUGCAGGGCACGGAGGCGCUGACGGCGGAGGCGUUCGCAGAGGUGCAGAAGGCUGCUGGCGUGGCUGGCGCGGUGGGAGCAGGCGGCGGCGGCGGCGGCGGCGGCAUGAGCCUGGAGAGCCAGGACGCGAUGGCGACCGGGCAUCUAGAUUUUGGUCUGGAGUGGAGCGAGGAGGUGUGGAAUGCAGCUGAGGCACACACCCAGUAGACGGGGGCUUGAGGCGCCGGCGCGGAUGCAAAAAGGCGGGGCUGCGGCGGCGGUUGACAGGGCUCACGCCACACACAGGGUUGGGGUUGCUGGCGGCGGGCGCCGCUGUGAAGUGGCACCUGCCGCCGCCGGCCGCUGCGGGGUCGCUCGCAAUCGGGUGAGGCAAUGCGGCAGCCGGGGCCGCGGGACAGCAGGAGCAGCCACGGGCAGAUGCAGUAGGCGGCGCCGGCAGCAAUCAAGUCAUGGGGCAGCGGCCAUGCGCGGCGUGCUAGGCACAAUAUGAGGAGGCGUCAUGGAGCUUCAAGGCCUGUGUCGCCGCGGACGGUGCGCCGUGCAGUCCCAUGGCUGCCUCAGGCACCGCAGUCGCUGCCGCCGCCGCCGCCGCCUGCUGAUGCGCCGGGGCUCUCAAACAUACAUACUUACAUACUUACUUACAUAUAGACUCGCUGUUGUUGCAACCUUGCAAGGAGCAGCGUGCGCGCGCGUGUGUUUUGCAUCGUUUGUACGCGCGGGUUGUGCCUGCGCAACGCGAUCGGCACGUCCACAGGCAACGCUCCAUCUUGUGAUCAGGUUAGCGUGUUACGGUACUUCAAGCCUACGGCUCUUAUGGGGAUUGCGAGUGAUAGUCCAAGUGCAUAGGAGGCUGCGGAUAGUUAGGCGUGUGCAUGCGGUGGGCGUAAUUUGCGUGCGAAUGGUGGGCAUGGGUGGGUGCGUGCGCGGGCGGGGCGGGUGGGGGCAUGGGCGUGCGAGUGUGCGAGGUAUUUAUCCGGAUCCCGUUGUGGAGUGAGCGCGAUGGGACAGGGUAAGAGGCCGGUUGGCGUAGUCCCGCGUACCGUAUUCUGAGACCCUAGCAGUCAAUAUCCAACUUGCGACGUCAAAGGCAUGAGCGCGCAACUGUUACAACGCCGGAGUUAUUCUACUUCUGUACCGAGACAUCGCUGACUUGCUGGCAUGGCUGGCUGGCAGGCUGGUACCGGCUUACUUGGGUACCGGUCGUUUGCUGACGCGCAUUCCUCAAUCCUCAC